AUGGACGACCUUUACGACGAAUUCGGAAACUUUAUUGGCGAGGCCGAGUCUGAUGAAGAUGAUCAGACUAAUGGCGAGGCAGCGGACGCCUAUGUCCUUGACGAUGAGGAGCAAGAAGAGGCCGAGGUAAACGACCAACAGCUUAUGGAAAUCGAUGACGGGCCAUCAAACGCCGUCGUACUGCACGAAGACAAGCAAUAUUACCCUUCCGCGUCCGACGUAUACGGCCCCGAUGUCGAAAUUUUGGUACAAGAGGAGGACACACAGUCGCUGGCGCAACCCAUUAUUGCGCCUGUGGUGCAAAAGAAAUUCAUCGCGCAGGAGACGGAUCUACCGCCUGUAUAUCACUCGAGGGAGCUUUUGACCGACUUGAUGAACUUUCCUAACCAAAUACGAAACAUCGCGAUUGCUGGUCACUUGCACCACGGAAAGACGGCAUUCAUGGACAUGUUGGUUAUGGAGACCCACGACAUCCAGGAUCGACUGGACUACAAGAAGGGAAAGAAGCGGGAGGAGCAGCUGCGAUACACGGACGUACACGUACUCGAGCGCGAACGGGGCCUAUCGAUCAAGGCCGCGCCCAUGAGCUUGGUCUUACAAAACACAAAGUCGAAAUCGCACCUCUUCAAUAUCUUGGACACACCCGGCCACGUCAACUUUGCGGAUGAAGUUGCGGCGUCUUUGCGCCUGGUGGACGGUGUAGUUCUGGUAGUGGAUGUGGUUGAAGGCGUGCAGGUCAAUACCGAGCAAAUCAUAAAGCACGCCGUCUUGGAAGAUCUGCCUCUGACAUUGGUUGUCAACAAGAUGGACCGGUUGAUCUUCGACGCGUACUUCAAGAUCAAGCAUGUUAUCGUGCAGGUCAACACUGUGAUUGAGGACACUAUUCCAGGCAGAGGCGAAAGCAGGCGUGUUAGCCCUGAGAAAGGCAACGUUGCUUUUGCAUGCUCGAGCAUGCGGUGGUCCUUCACGAUCCAAUCCUUCGCGAAAAUGUAUUCCGACUUCUACCCAGGACCUUCUAAGCUGCCUGGCUUCGGCGUUCCGAUGAAGGGCUUAGAUAUCGAGAAAUUCGCCAUGCGCUUGUGGGGCGACAUCUACUACAAUCCCGGUAGCCGCAAGUUUAGUCGCAAGAGGCAGGAGGAAGGUGCGCAACGAUCGUUCGUGCACUGGAUCCUCGAACCCGUCUACAAACUCUAUUCGCACACAUUGAGCGAAAGCUCAGCCGAUCUGAAGGACACAUUGGACGCGUUGGGCAUUCGAUUGAAGCCAUCAGAAUAUAAGACAGACGCAAAAGAGCUGAUGCGACUCGUUUGCCAACAGUACUUCGGUCCUUCGAUGGGCUUUGUUGACAUGAUCACACAGCACGUUCCAUCGCCUGCGGAGGGAGCCAAGCGUUUACUGCAAAGACAUUACACAGGACCACUGGAUACAAAGACUGCAGAGGCGAUGGAGAAGUGCGACCAGGAUGGACCAUUGGUCGUGCACGUCACAAAACUGUUCAACGCGACAGACGCCAAGUCCUUUACUGCACUCGGUCGAGUUAUGAGCGGUAUCGCAAAGUCCCCACAAUCAGUACGUGUGCUAGGCGAAGGUUACACCUUGGAAGACGAGGAAGAUAUGGUUGUAGCAACGGUGACAGACACCUGGAUCGCGGAGUCUCGAUACAACAUACCUGUCAGCGGUGUUCCAGCAGGAAACUGGGUUUUGCUUGGAGGUGUUGACAAUUCCAUCGUCAAGACUGCAACGAUUGUCGCCUCAAAACUCCCCGACGACGAAGACGCUUACAUCUUCCGACCUAUCCGACAUUUCUUCGAAUCGGUCUUCAAGGUCGCAGUCGAACCGAUCAACCCUUCGGAACUACCAAAGAUGCUUGACGGCCUACGUAAGAUCAACAAGUCUUACCCUCUCAUCACAACCAAAGUGGAGGAAUCGGGAGAGCACGUGGUACUCGGCACUGGAGAGCUGUACAUGGAUUGUGUCUUGCACGACCUGCGGCGAUUGUACGCGGAUAUGGAGAUCAAGGUGUCCGACCCCGUUACCAGGUUCUCGGAAACUGUGGUCGAGAUGUCCGCCAUCAAGUGCUACGCCAUGACACCAAACAAGAAGAACAAGCUCACCAUGAUCGCCGAGCCUCUCGACCCAGGUAUCGCAGAAGACAUUGAAGCCGGAAAAGUCAACAUCAAGGACCCUGUCCGCGUGGUGGGCAAAUUCUUCGAGGAGAACUACGGUUACGAUCUGCUUGCGUCUCGCAAUAUCUGGGCAUUUGGACCGGACGAGAUGGGACCUAAUAUUCUCCAGAAUGAUACUCUUCCUUCUGAGGUCGACACCAAGACUCUCCGCACGGUUCGCGACACCCUUCGUCAAGGUUUCAGCUGGGCAACUCGAGAAGGACCGCUCUGCGAGGAGCCAAUCCGCAAUACCAAAUUCCGCAUCACAGACGUCGAACUGGCACCCGAAGCCAUUUUCCGAGGAGGUGGACAGAUUAUUCCUACGAGUCGAAGGGCAUGCUACUCAAGUUUCCUGAUGGCCAGCCCAAGGCUGAUGGAGCCUGUAUACUCAUGCAGCAUGGUCGGGCCCGCAGACACCAAAAGCAGUCUAUACACCGUUCUUGCGCGGAGAAGAGGGCAUGUGCUACAAGAUGGCCCGAUUGCAGGUACUCCAUUGUACAACGUACGAGGUCUGAUUCCCGUCAUCGACUCCUUCGGUUUCGAGACCGACCUCCGGAUCCACACACAAGGCCAAGUGUCCCUCUCACUUGUCUUCGACCGCUGGUCAAUCGUACCAGGUGACCCGCUCGACAAGGAAAUCAAGCUGCGACCCCUGGAUCCUGCCACAGCGCAGCAGUUGGCACGCGACUUCGUCCUCAAGACUAGGAGGAGAAAGGGUCUCGCGGAGGACGUCACGAUCAGCAAGUUCUUGGAGCCGGAGCUCUUCCGCAGCUUGAAGGAGAGCGGCGUGCUCGAUGGAUAAGGGGAUAGAGUAUUGUAAUAUAAGCAUUGGCGUCGGGCGCGUGCAAAAGUUAUGCGCAAGAUUUGGGAUUGAAUAUACCCUGUCAUACCCUUUCAUG